UUUGGCUAAAACAGUUGUAUAAAAGUUUGUAUGAAGCUCCUAAAGAUUUAUGUCAGUCUGAGAAGUUUUGAUCUGUUACAUUAUUUAACCCAGAUCAGACCGAUUUGAGACGUGUAACAAAUAAAGGAGAAAAGGAUUGGGGGGGACAAGGCAGGAGAAACAUGAUGUACUAUUCAUUUAUGAGGUGUUGUAGAUGACAUUUCAUCAGGAUAUUAAAUGGCCCAGGGCAGAUUUCUGUUUAUUCCCAUGAUUUGGAUUAUGAAAUCCUUCAAAGUGUCUUAAUGAUGCUCAACCUAAUGUUUGUAAUUAUCCCAUUCAAAAUUAAAAGAUGAAUUAGUUUUCCUCUUAUGGGAGGAGGCACCUAUUGUUUUGGCAUCACCCUAAUGUAGCAGUCUCUUAUGAUAUCCAGCCUGCGUCACUUGGACAUAGUUUGAACUAAUAUUUGCUUUUCACCUGCCUCUCCUCUGAGCAGAGCAUGUAAAGACGAGAAAAUAACUGUCAUGUUGCCUCAGCCGAACCGGAAUGGUGACUUUCGGCGCUGGAGUGCAUGUACGUGCGUGUGACUGUGGGGCACACAUGAUGGCAUGUGCUUGACAAAACAACACCAAGCAAACUGAGAGGACUUACACUUUCCGGAAGGACCGAGUUUUUACAACUGUAACAUAACGUAUUCCUUGGCCGUGACGGGACGGGACUUUGGAAGGGAUCUAGGAUGGAAGCAUGAGUCUGCCUCAGUGCCUCAUGCAUGCCUGCCAUUUAGGAUACCAUUACCUGGACCGAUGAGCUUUGUUUCAGUGCUGAUAUUGUCCCAGCUUGUGCAGAGUUAACAGUAACUGCCGAGGAGAAUGACACUUCUGCCGACCAGACUGUGUCUCUGUGUCCUUUGGAUCUUUGUGACAGUGACAUGGGGAAACUUUGUGGAUCCCCCCCUAAGAGAUCCCAUACUUUCCCUGGCAGAGGAGGAGACCGUCCUGCCCUGUCGCUACCAGCCCACUGGUGACACUGUGGUGGUGCAGGUCACCUGGUAUAAGUUUAAACAGCAGAUCAUCACUGCACACCAUACUAAUGGACAAACAGCGUUUGGGACGUGGUCUCAACGUGUGCGCUUCAAAAGCAGCGAGCCCACCCUGGACUCGUCUCUGGUUAUCAUGAGCACGGAGGUCUCCGAUGAGGGGAAAUACCUCUGCCGCAUCAGCACCUUCCCCUCCGGCAACUUUGACAGAGAGAUGUCCGUCGUCGUGUGGACUGUUCCUAUCGCCUCACUGGAGCCUGUGAUUCUGGUGGAGGGACAGCCCUACCGACAGGCCGCUUCCUGUCGCUCUGUUGCCCGCCCGCCUCCCCGCCUCUCCUGGGACACCGACCUGAAUGGCCAGGCCGUCGAUCGUUCCUCCGACAACGGGGCGGUCUCCUCGCAUUACUCCCUGCACCCCCUGAGGAGCAUGAACGGCAAGAUGCUGGACUGUCUGGUGUGGCAUCCCACGAUGACAGACCCCCGCAGGCUCACAAACAGGCUGGUGGUGCACUUCCCUCCACACGCAGAGGUGUCUGGCUUCAAUGGAGACUGGUCCGUGGGUUUGGAGAAUGCUGCCCUGAGGUGUGUGAGUGGAGGAAACCCCAAACCACAGAGUUUCACCUGGAUCAGAAUGGGGGCAGAGUUGCCGGAAGGUGUCAUCCCCCACCCUAAUGGAACACUAGCUUUUGGGAGACCCCUCAGCCCGUCAGAUGGAGGCACAUACCAGUGUGUGGCGCAGAAUGACGUGGGCGUAGGGAAGGCGGAGGUGGAGAUUAGUGUGGCAGAAUCUUCCCAGUCACGGGGCCUGAUGGAAAACAUGCUGAUGAUCAUCGUGGGGGGAGUGGCCGGGGGGCUGCUGAUCUUGAUGCUCAUCGUCGUCAUCACCCUCACGUGUCAUCACAAACGCAAGAACAAGAAACUGGAGAGGGAGCUCACUGUGAGGAAGGAGGAAAUAAGCACUCUCUCCAGGCAAGCUUCGUUCAGGAGAGUGAACUCUGUCAGCACAGAUGCCAGAGGAACGACAGAGGAAAGCAUUCCUCUGAGGGUGGAGGGAACCAUGAGGACCAGCAUGUCUUCCCUCGGGGAGCAAGCUAACUGCCGGGACAGCCGAUCUACUCUUUCGGGUGGACGGGGAGGAGGAGCAUUUGACUACCUGGGAAGGCCAGUCCUGCACAACAACACGCGGAGGGGAAGAGACAGCAGGCCUUUGGACCGAGACGAGGAGAGCCGACUCAGAGUGGAGACAUACGUGAGAAACAGCGCUAUUUCUUUACAGGAAACUCGUUUCCACCCUCCCCUCCUGCCAUCAGCCUUCCAGAUGGUGCAGUCCACUGAGAUUGUAAGACAGCUGAACGGCAGCGCCAUUAUGCCAACAGAUGGGGGUUCAGGGCCAGGAAGCGUCACCAAGAAUCACCAGCAGCCUCCUCUGAGCCGCAACUACCCACCGGUGACAGAUGACGAGGAUGAAGUCGAUGAGGGUUUGGGGGGUCCCGCCAGUCAGGAGCAUCCUGAUGACCAGGACAGCGAGACCAACAGCUCCCAGGUGUCCGAAGCUCACAGUACCCGCUACCUGCAGACAAAUGGCAUACUUAGACCCAAACGCCAGCCAAGCCCCACUGUGGUCAGUCCACAUACUUCCCUGAUCCACAAGGCCCAGAUAGUUUAGCGGGCAGCUGGAAAAUAACACGUGAAACGGCAAGACACACAGUAAAUGUUUGGUGGUCAGGUAUGAACAAUCUGCACCUUGACUGCAAUGCUGCAUCUUCUUUAUUGUGUGGGAAUAUGGUGCAAUAGAAUAAAAUCCUAAGCGGAAAAAAACUCUACUCUGAAGCAUCUCCUGGACAUUUCUGGAUGUCCAAUGUCUGCCGGGUGUUCUGUGAUCAACAGGGUGCUCUGUAUUCCUCAGGAUGACCGGCACAAACGAAAACAAUGUCGCAAUAUUUCCAGUGCAGCUACGACAGCGUUUAUUUGCAGACACUAUUCCUUGCUUGUCUUUCGCAAUCUGUUUGCUUUUCGUUAGAAAGCAAACAGGUGAAUGCAGCUGGCAUACAUUUUUAUGGGGGCUGUCGAAAAUGUACAGUAGGAAAUCAAGAAAUUCAGGAGAAGGGGUGGAGUCUGUGGGGAAAUUGGUACAUCGGCAACGGACAUUGCAACACUUCUGGAAGGAGGGCGGAUGGAUGCUGGGUUCAGUGUAUCUGUAACUGUGCCUGUGUUGAGUUCCCUUACACAACACGGUUUGGAAUCAGAUCCAAACUGUGGGGUAGUUCCUGUCAUGCCACACCUUGCAACAUGCAUACCUCCACAUUGUCAUGGGACUUUGAUUUGAAGCACUGAGACAUGUUGGAUCAGAUAAUGGCUUCAUACAGACAAAACACGACUAAUGUGUCCUAUACAUGUAGUGAUUUGGCAAUCUCUAAAUCUGUACAAAUAUGCAAAGGAUUUUUUUCAAAAAAUAUUUUUUUAAAACCCAAAUCCUCAAUACGGUAAAUAGUAAAGCAUACACAUAGAUAUACAGUUAAUAUACCCUGUUCCAUCUCCUAUGUGAGGAUGGUAUUUUUAUCAUGCGCACACACUAAAUUAAUACAGGUGUGCGCUUAUGUGUAUGCACACACAUACACAGUAGAUGAAAGCUGGAAAAAGCUACCACAUGUUUGUAAUGUACAUUUUUCUUUCGCUUUUUUCUUUCUUUUUUUUACUGAUCGCGUGCUGCUUUUGUGAAUAAAUCUGGACUUUAACACUAGAGACUAUAGAGACAAACAAAGGCUGCCACCAAUGUGGACGCAGCCUACUGUAUCUGUAUGUUUCUUCUUUCAGCUGGAUGUUUUUCCAACAUCCAAGACAAGACAAUGCCUUUCCAAGGAGAAUUUGACAUGAACCGGUACAGAUUUUUAGUAUUGUGUCAAAACCAGACAUGUAUUAUUUAUCUGUAGAUUCAUAAUAGUGGAUAUGUUUCAUAUACAUCAGUGUUGGGUUCUGUUACAGCCCCGAUAUGGGAAGCAAGGUGCCAUAGGGAAAAUACUUUAGCUUUUUUUGGCAAAUAUGAAGUAUUAUUUUGUUCUCCACACAUGUAUUACAUGGUUUGAUUCAUGUUACCCUCUGUAAAUACAACACACAUAUUAGUUUUUGACUAAGGCAAUGUACCAUAAGACUUACUGGCAACCUAACAGGUAAGAAAGAGCAACAGAUAAGUGGUGUUGUGUGUUAAUGUGGGUUGCUUUUGCUGUAGACAGCGCCCCCUGAUGUUUACUGCUGGAAAGUGCAGGGACCUGAAUGAGCCUAAUGCAAAACGACAGAACUAUGAAAGACUCUGCAUUCCACUGUGAUUUGGGGGAAAUUAUCUUCCAGGUCAUUUCUUUAAAAGGUAUUUGUAUGGGUAUCAGUUUGUAUUGAUGGGUUGGAAAUAAAUGUGCAUGGUUUUUGUAAAACA